AUGGAUCCCCGCUUUGAUACACUGCAAUAUCAACCAGUGUUGAAUCAUUUGCCCCCGGUGAUUGAACAAUCACCCAUCGGCUCCCAUCAAACUCCAACCGCAAGGGCGAGCUCCUCGGUUGUGCCAGACACACCAGCUCAUGAGGAGGGUAGCACCAACAUCUCCGGGACGACAUUUUUGGCUCAUGAUUCAGACCAAGACUCAGACUCAACGGAUUCUGAGGAUGGCGGAAUCGACGCUAUCGACAUGGCCGAUGAGCUGCCAGAUCUCCAUCAAGCGUCCACUCGCCUGCUAGAACUGGUUGGCACAAAUUCGUCUGAUGCUAAGGGCAUCUAUGAAGUCGCAAAGCGCAUUGCCAAUCCUACCCACGCCGACAACAAGCGGUUCAAACGUGUCUACAAAAAGCUGGCCGACAGCAUGAAGGUUUUCACUAGUGAAAGCUACAUCGAUGCUAUCAGUGUCGCUCGUUUGAUUCCUUGGGUGACGGGUGACGCUCCUGAGCGAUGGGACCCGAGACCGUAUCUUUACAGAGCAAAUUGUGCUUGGUUGGCACUUACCACUCUCUCCGCCGCGAUUGGCUCUCAGACUCAGGUGCAAGCAAUCGAGAAUCUCGAUCGGCAAUUCCCCGCCCCAUUCAUGAGCCGGAUGACCCGACCCAAGCAGAAAUUGACAGGUGGUGCAAGCUGUUCCCUGAAGGCCACUAUCGAUCUUGCUCUCGAGAUUCGAACACAGUUCUUCAUUGCGGAACUUGAGAGACGUCAACACGAGAAAAGCUUCGAUGCCGCAUCCAUCUUGAAAGGCGUGUUCUAUCAGGAUUCCACACUUGGUAAUUCCAACGGCCCUUCGGGCGCUGGGGCUCUUCGGGGAUUCAAUUUGGAAGGAAGUUUCCAGGAUGAGAACGGGCGUCUUCCCGAUAGCAUGCAUGAUGAGGUCAGCGUACGCAUCGACGAGCUGGAGACAGCUCUCUUCGAUGACGAUAAUAAUCUCAAUUUGAAGGGACUUAAAAUAAUCUUCAGUUGGCGCCGGUUCUGUCUACGCGUUGCACGCUUCGUCCAGCUUCGAGAGCAUGAGUUCAAGGGGACCAUUGCUUCUCAGCCCAAACUUGAGGAUGUCCAAGCGAUGGUGAUCAAAGCAAUCCGCCGUCAGGCGGAUAAACGUGCUACCCAAUCACCGAGCCGUCCAAGGCCCGUGGAGUCCAAUCAAGAGGAACCAUCCAAUGUGUUGAAAGAACGGCCUGUCGAGGAACCUGGGAAUGGAGAGGCUGAACAUGAGGAGAGUGCAAUGGAAGAGCCAGCUCGUCCAGAGAGCAAUCAUGAACAACCAGCCUCAGAACAACCAGUGUCGGCACCGCCAGUUCCUGAAGAACCAGUGCCGAAGCCGUCACCACAGCGUGUGCCAAGUCGGCGGAAAUCAGCCAAAGGUAUGUGGCGUACCGCCGACGCCAUGGACUUCCUUGCACAAAGCCUGAAUUUCAGACGCCAGUCAGACUUGGCUUCAUUGGAAUCACAGCCUGUGAAUUCUGGAAAAGGAAAAACCCCUGUUCUCCCUGAUUCCCCUCGAGGCGUGAGCGUAACUGCAGACCGUGACGAAAUUGCUGGAACUCCAGAGCCCGAGCCUUCUGCCCGUCGGUCGAUCACCCCGGAGCGCACAGAUUCGACUACACAGGAUGACGAGCCUACCUUCAAUCCGAUUGACGACGAACUGGUAUUCGAUCAGCCAAAUGAAGCGGUCAUGUCUGCCAGCCCCCGUGGCUCUGAGCGAAUCAAUCGGGUUAGCCACCACCCGGGUCGAUUCUUUGAUACUCCAUCAGCGGCUCGGGAAAAGCCAGUAUCGCCGCGUCGUUCAAUUUUCGAUCGGCAAGCGAAUGCCUCGAGGGUCGUCUUCUCACCUGGUGGCUCUGAGGAAUCUCGAAGUGCAGAGAGACCUCGUGAACCAGCCAAACGGCCGACGACCAUGCAACCACCUCCUCCCAGCCAGGCACUGUCUCGAAAGCGCGGCCGAGGUGACUCAGACGAUGAGGCUAGCGACGAUGAUUUUGACCAGGACACCCGCAGCCACAACAUCGCUCAACGCAGAGCGCAAGUUCCCGAACGAGCACGCCCAAGCGAAAAGCGGCAACGUGUGAUCCAAGAGGAAUCUAGUCCAGCUGCGGGACAGCUGCUCGAAGAUCUCGCCGCCAGUCAACAGCAGGUCGAGGUGACGAGACCCGAGGCUCCGAGUCCCCUCCCCACCACGCGACGCGGAUCUCGCUGGCUCGCGGAAAAUUCCAUUUCCAGCUCAUCACGACAAAAUAUUGGUAUUCCAGCCAUUAUCCCCCGAGGCCGAAGAAAGUGGACGGAAGAAGAAGAUGAUCGCCUGAUCAUGCUUGUAGCGAAACACGGCACUCAGUGGGCGGUGAUCCAGCGACAGGAUCAAAUUUGUCCUGCGAGUCAUGGAGGGCCACAGCUCACAGGUCGAACUCAAGUAAACAUGAAGGACCGGGCGCGUACUAUCAAGCAGAAGCUUGUGAGGAGCGGUCUACCGUUACCACUCAAUUUCGACCGCGUCACAGGCUAA